UUCACACCAAUUCUUUACACCAAAGCUUCUACACAUCUUUUCUAUCAAUCAAAAACCAACCAAACUACCACUCUCCCUUUUCCUAACUCCUACCUGUUCGGCACUAGCGUUUUAGGUAUAAUCUCGUAAACUUUUUCAUACAGACACGCAAAAAAAAAAAAAAAAACCUCUCCCAUUUGUAUUACCUUUUUUUUUUGUAACAUUACAUAAAAUGGCUCCAACUAUCGCCGUUUAUUCAUCGGAUUUUAACGGUAAAUUCUCCGAUAAACGAAAAAAUAACGUCGGUAACGACGACGUAGAGAUGAUGAGAAAGAGAAAUGAAGAGUUAGAAAGAGAGUUAAAGGAGAGUUUAAUUAGGGAAGAGAAAAUGAAGGUACAACUUGAAAGAGUAUUAGAAAGAGUUAGAGUGGCUGAAGAAGCAGAAGAAAGACUUUGCUUAGAAUUAGGAGAACUUGAAGUUGAAGCUGUUGAAAAUGCGCUUGAGUAUAACGCACGUAUUACUGCGUUGAUGGAUCAGCUUUCUCGUGCUCACAUGCUCCUCCAAUCUGCUUCAAUCUCUCCUUAAUUACUUCCAAUUGGUGGAAAUUUUUUAAGAUUUAGUUGGAGAAUUUUGUAAUCAGUAAAUUAUUAGUCAAUGUAAUUUGGCUAAUUAUUUGAGAUAGAAUAUGAAUGAAUCAACGUGACUUUUGUAUA